UAUACUUACUCUUACGGACAUGUGUCUCUCCGUUAAAAGAGCGCCUGUGUCUUCGAAGAACCUCCUCGUCGUCUUCGGUAACGCAGAAAGGUAUAACCUCCACGAAGCCUCGCUCGCCAGCAGGCCCGUGCGCGCUUUUUUCUCUCAAAGUGCGUCCGCAUGCUGUUCUCCUCCCUCUCCCCCGUAUUUCUUGUCCUCCUCGUCCUGAAUACAUCCAUCGCACUCGUCUUUGCCCAGCAGAAUGUCACCCUCCAGUCCACCGCCCCCCAGAUCGUCUACAGCCCAUCUCUCUGUAGUAACUCCACCACGGGCUCGUGCGUCAGCGCUUGGCAGGUGCUGAAUGAUAUACCUGGCACGUCCGUCGUCUCCACAACUGGUCCAGUCCCUCAAGCGGGUAACAUCAUCCCUCAGAUGUUUCUGAGCUUCAUAGGUUCUGCAGCUUAUAUUUAUACCUCCUCACUCUCAACCGCAAUCAUCAAUGUGACACUCACAGCCUACCCUUCCGAGGAAUUUAUCACUCAUCAAAUCGAUUCGUCUA